CGCCCACACACCCCCCAGCGGGCUGCUUCGCGCUGCACGAAGGCCCGGGGCGCGCGUGACUCUCGUCUGCGGUGCCAGGGGUGUGCCUCCCGCAGCCCAGGCUUGGAAGGGGGACGCCCCGGGCGCGGGGCCACUGCUCUCGCUUUCUCGUGGUCGCAGACGCCCUCCCGGGGGGGCGUCCCGCGGCCGGCGCGAUGAGUGCCAACGAGGACCAGGAGAUGGAACUGGAAGCUCUGCGUUCCAUUUAUGAAGGAGACGAAAGUUUCCGGGAGUUAAGUCCAGUUUCCUUUCAAUAUCGGAUAGGUGAAAAUGGUGAUCCCAAAGCCUUCUUAAUAGAGAUUUCCUGGACAGAAACAUAUCCCCAAACACCUCCAAUUAUAUCUAUGAACGCUUUUUUUAACAACACCAUAUCGUCAGCUGUAAAGCAGAGCAUAUUAGCCAAGUUACAGGAAGCCGUGGAGGUCAAUCUUGGGACCGCCAUGACCUACACGUUGUUUGAAUAUGCCAAGGACAAUAAAGACCAGUUCAUGGAGAAUCACCAGCCUGUGAAUUCUACGAUACCCAUAAGCAGUAUCAUCUCCGUUGAAACUCCUAAUACAGCCCCAUCAAGUAAGAAAAAAGAGAAAAAAGAACAGCUUUCAAAAGCCCAGAAACGUAAGCUGGCAGAUAAAACAGAUCACAAAGGAGAACUUCCUCGAGGAUGGAACUGGGUUGAUGUGGUGAAGCAUUUAAGCAAAACUGGCUCUAAAGAAGACGAAUAAUUUUUGGAAUUGAAGACAAGGGAAGAACAUCCUUUAAGAAGGAAACUGGGUUCAAAAUCCUUCAUUAUUAUUCUUUUCUGGUAUUGAGGUGGCUUUUUAUAAAACAAUUUUUUUGUAUGUUUCUUAUGUAAAAAAAAAAACGUUUUAAGCUGAAAGUUCAUGAAAAGAUCUGGUUGUAUUAAAUUAUUUUCACAAACUUGCCUUAAUAAAAGGUGAAAUGUUACCAUUUAGUAUACUUUAUGAAGAUGGUUGAUCUUUGUAAAUGGACAAAAUGGGAAAUAAUAAAUAAUCAAUGUGAAUUUAUAUGAUCUUAUUCCAGUGGAUGUGCUAUUUUUUAAAGGAGUAGGAAGCCCUUUUGAAACUCUCAUCCCAGUGGAUCAGAAUACUGAGUAAACAGUUGCUCUGUGGCGUGAUCCAUUUUAAUGGACUUCUCGUCUUAAUCAAGUCUUCAUCUCUCCUUUCUCUUAAUUACUGAAGCAUAAAUUGCUCCAGAGAAAUUUAAAUACUAAUAUUUGAACUUAUUACAUAAUAUUCUUUGUAGUUCCUUUUUAUUUUUCAAGGGUGAACCGCUUCUUUCUUUUUAGUAAGUGAGUAUCUGUUCAUACUCUUCUCUUCCUUUGGGUCAUGAUGUUUGACCAUGAGAGUUUUCGGCCGCAUGUGGAAUAGGGGAAUAUAAAAUAAAUCUGCCAAAUACAUUCAGAAGCAUUUGAGUAGAAGCGCUGGUUCCCACCGAAAACAUUUCUCUUUGCUGCAUAUACCAAGAUGGGAGUAAAAGAUGCCUUAAUAUUUAAUUUUUGUAUUGUUGGGAGACAGUGGUUUUAAUAAAUUCCUGUUUCUCUGCCACUGUGUGUUUUUGUUCUCUCGCAACAGGUCUUCUAAAUGGUUUAACAUAAAACCACCUUUCAGGUCUUGUUUCUUUUCAAGUAGCCAUGUGGAUUUCUCAGGCUGAACAUCUGUUUUCAUAGUAAUAAACGUAGAAGUGUUUCAAAUGCUGAAUCAUAGUACAAGCUUGAUGAUGUUUUUAAUCACGAGCAGGGUAACUGUUAGUGACAUGUAACCAGGAAGUCACUGAUGUGUUGUGUGACUUACAGGGACUGCAUUUGCUCCCUGGGUGGAGAACCCUGAGAACUGCUGCUGGUUCUAGAAGGGUAGACUGUUGGUUCCUCCUGUUACACCUGUGCAGCUCGGGUCUGACUUUUCAAAGAAUAAUGAACUUCUAAAGACAUGUCCUUAGCAUUAGAGCAGUUUAAAUUGUAUGCGUGGCUUUUACUGGGCUGAUAUUAGGCUCAGUUAAAUGGUUGGAAUUACACAGUAAAUACAAUUAUGGUAAAGAAGUGUAAUCUGGUUUUCAAAAGCUAAAUCACAUUUUAUAUCUUGAACUAAUAGAAGCAUUACAAUUCAAGACCACCGGAAUACGCCAACUUUCGUUUUUGGGGUUGUGUACGUGGUUUUUGUUGUGUUGAUUUGUUUGUUUGUUUUUAAAGAAACUGAAACUACAGAUCUGCUCGUGGAACAAAUUGUGUCUUGCUCUGAAGAUUCUGAAGUUGUUCAGGCUUACUGUGGUUCAAAGAUGACAAAGAAUAAUGCUAGUUAAAUGCCAAUGAACUAUUUUUACUCUUUUUUAUAUGAAAUGUACAAAUUUGGGGGGUGAUGGUGGCAGCGGGGCCUCUGACCACCUUCUAUAAAACACUGGAACAUUCUCAUCUGUUUUAUCACCGUCUAUUCAACACUCCCAGUAUAUUUUCUCCGAGUCUGUCUACGUAAAAUUGUAUGGAAUGGCAUAAAUAAUGAGCAAUAAAACCAGAAUUA